CCAUCACUCGCGAAGUGCAGUAAAUAACACGGCAGUUACAGUAACAAAUUCGUUUGGGACGAGGGUUUAAAGGGAGAGUAAUGAUUCCUCAGCCAGAAGAAUGAAUGAAAUACACGUAGGGGGUAAUCUUCAUCUGUGUGGUUGAAUGAAAAGCUGACAUUGCCUUCCCAAAAUCAUAUCAGCAACAUGAACUGACUGCAACAACCAACAUGCCAGCUUAUUCCCGCAACUGCAGCAAGCUCUGGACUUCGAGGGAAUUUCAGCGAACACUGCAAGAUUUCUCGAUGACCAGGCACUUGCUAGCAUCCCAAAUUAUGCACCGAUAAGAUGUUUUCUCCAUACUUUUGUAUUUAAAACUUGACAUUCAUCAUUUUCAACGAUUUGAAAAUCUAAAAAAAAAAAAAAAAAUUUAUUUGAAGUAACUCUUGCACAGCGCAACUUUUACAAAAAUGGUUGCCAUGGGAACAGCUGUAUUCUUGUGCCAUUGCUUGGUUGCCACGGUGUUGAUGUUGCCGUGCACGGAGACCCUGAAUUACAACGAGAUUGAUCACGACGAGGGGCCCGGCUACAGUUACGCCUCGGAGGACGGGGGCGGACGAUUGGUCGGCCACGUCCAAAACUGGGCCACGCUCAUCCAAAAUUACAUCCUUCAGUUGGCCAGUGAUGGUUUGAAGACGGAGUACACACAGAGUUACUAUGACAACGCUGACUACAUUUAUCAGAAGAAGAAUGCUAGUAACAUUGUGGCCCACGUUAAGAAACUGUUGGAUAGUUACUUUGCGCGUAAGGAGGACGUCGCCAAGCGUAUUGCGAAUGCUGUCAAGCGUCUCCACGACGACAACUUGGGGAAGAUUAUCUACCGGUCGCUGCCCGAGAUGCCUAAGGAAAUCUACAAGGAUUCGGACAUACCGGGCCGCUUGCCCAAGUUGGAGUAUAACGCAUAUUUUCGGCAAGCAGUGAGUACCGAGUCGAGCACAGUCAAGAUAUCUGAUGAGGUGCCACGCGAGAGUCAAGACACAGUGAACGCCGUCUUCUACACUAAAGAUCUAGACGACGUCUUCAUCAGCAACUUCAACAACGAUUCGUCACUCAGAUGGCAAUAUUUCGGCUCAGUGGAAGGCGUCCUUCGCAAGUUCCCCGGCCGGGAAUGGAGCCGCAACUUUGCCGGUUUCUACAACGACUACGAUCCGCGGGUCAGGCCAUGGUACAUCACGGGCACCAGCGACCCAAAGGAUGUUGUCAUUAUCUUGGACUGCAGUACAUCGAUGGAAGGCAAGAAAUUUGACAUUGCUAUCUCCUUGGUACGAAUCAUCUUGGACACGCUGACAAAGCAAGACUACGUCAACGUCAUCUGUGCGCGGGCAAGCCACUGGGAUGAAGUCGGAGAUUGGUACCCCUUCAACACAACCGUUCUGAGUUGCAAAGAUGACCGUCUGGUUCCUGCCACCACGGCUCAUAGGAAAGACCUGAAGGAGAAGACCGGUGAACUGAAACCAAAAGGGACCAGUGAACUCAAACGAGGAUUUGAGAAGGCCUUUGAGUUGCUGUCGGGUAAAUCUCGCACUGGUUGCCAGGCCCUCAUUAUCCUUGUGACGGACGGCAAAGACACGGACGGAGAAACAGUCCGCUGUGGACCAGGUUAUUACACACGGAGUGGCUACGUACCGGGACCCAUCUGCAAAUACGAUUGGAGCAAAGUGUGGAACCGAGUCAAAGAAUUGAACGCUGUUGCUCAACCACAGGCACGUAUCUUCAGCUACGGCACCAUCGACGCCGGCGAGAUCUUCCCGGGCCACCUGGCCUGCAAGAACCGCGGCUACUUCAAGAAGCUGACGGACGGAGAGAACCUGAUCGGCAAGAUGCGGGACUACUUCAACUUCCUGUCCUCCAACUCCCAGCAGACCAAGGACUUCGAAGGGAAGUGGACCGCGCCGUACAUCGACGCGUUCGGCCUGAAGCAGAUGGUCACGCACGCGAUACCGGUCAUCAGCGAUCGCACUGAGAAACUUCUUGGUGUCGUCGGCGUGGACUGCACCUUGGAAGAAAUUGAGAAUCUGAUCGUGAACGAGCAAUGGGGAUCAGUCUACGCAUUCCUGAUCGACAACUACGGGGGGACCAUCUUCCAUCCUCUCUUGAAACCGAGCAGCGAUCUUGUAGAAGAUCCCAUUCUAGUCCCGAUCAGACAACUGGAGCAGCCUGAAGGCCAGCCAGAGGAAUUCAGUGCAGUCAUUGAUGCUAUGCUGAAGGGCGAGACUGGAUAUAGAGAAAUCAAGAACGCACAGAGAGGGGUUCCUAAGGGUAGUUUCUCUGACGGUGUCAAGCGGCAAGUCAUGCCGGCGACGUACUUCUACACUCACCUGGACAAAACCGACUAUUCCUUUGCCUUCAGUCUCGCCAAGACAGAUGAAGUUUUCCGGCAAGCUGAGGAACCCAAAGACCGAUCCCACCUCCAGCCGACCAGCUACUUCAAUCUCCUGAAGGAGUACAACAGCACACUGGGCAGGCAAGAGCUGCCAGGUGAAUUUGAGAAGAUGCAAGUAUUUUACAACGAGCCCAAGUACCCGGACCUGCGGGUCUCCUACCUGUACUCCAGCUUCUUCCUGGCGCCCCGCUGCUACUGUGACCCCAAUGUCUACCUGGUGGACGACGACUUGGCCACUAAGACGGUGGCCGCUCACAAGUUCAUCAACGGCUGGGACCCAGACGUGGAAUGUCCUAAAGAUGACAAGAAGAAUAAAUUCCGGAAAGGCAUCAGAGCCGAUGUGUUGAUCACCUCCCAGAUUGAGAAGAUCUGGCGAAGUCGCAACAAGAAGAUGUUGCAAGACGUGAAGUGGACGUACAUCGGCUGUCGCAGCGGGGUCUUUAGGACCUACCCUGGCCACAGGUCCAAGAGAUACUACGACCCAACUAAGAGACCGUGGUACCACCGAGUCAUCACCAACUCCGACAAGACCUCCAUCUCCACGGCUUACAUGGACUCGGCCGGCGUGGGCAAGAUCAUCAGCGUGUCGCAGGCCGUGUUUGAAGGAAUGCCCACCAUCGACGAGGAGCAGUGCGAUCUGGUCGACGGGAAGAAACCGGGAGGUUGCAAAUGCAGUACGGACGCCGACUGUGUGUCAGCUCGAUGUUACAAGAGCAAGGCGGUUAACUUGACCGACACGACGCGGUGCGCGUCGGUCAAAGUAGAGGCAGUCACAUCGUUGGACAUCCUGUAUAAUGACUUCCACCUCAACGUGUUUGAGAUCAUGCGUGACAUCGACAUGCCAUUGUCAUGUCAGUUCACCUAUCCGUGCCCCGACGGGGAGCCCGGCUGUAGUACGAGGUGCUACCUGUUUGACAACUCCGCCAACAUCGUCAUCGAUCCCCAGUUCAUCAGCAUCAGCGACCUGGACACGGCCAAGUACAACCGCGUCUCCCUCGGCAAGAAGGAAGGGGAGAUCAUGAGAGAGCUCAUCUACAAACAUAGGUUCUUCUUCCGCAAGGAGACCAUUGAUUUCCAGGGAUCCUGUAGCUUGUCCUCCUCAUCUCCGAGGGUCAAUCUCAAUGGAAUCGCUAAGACACCUGGGGAGCUGGACGAUUACUACAAGAACAAAGGCCCCAUCCCCAACUUCUCCAACAAGUUUGGCUGUAUUCAGGACGUGGUGGGUUACCAGGCAAACAGCUCGGUACUCGAGCCAAGCGGCAUGAUCAUUGGUAACAUCUCCGGAUCCUGCAAGUCGGGCUUCUACUAUGUGAAGGCUCUUCCUAAGACCAACCUCUUCCUCUUGGUCGUGGAGAACUGGAGGAAUUACAGGGAGAGUAUGUACUUCAAUUUCAACUGCCGCAUCACCAACAGAGUAUCUGCGACCGGAGCGUUCCGAAUCAUCAACGGCACUUGCGCCCAUGAGGAUGACACCGCCUCACUGGCGAGCCUGAACCGGUGUCCCGUAUCCACAAACUACGAGAUCACCAACUGUACGUACAACACCGGCACGCCAACAAACACUCAGCUAGCGUGGAGCCUGUUGCUAGUUGGUCUUGGCUCUAUUCAUCUUGUAGCUCUUUAAAACAGGUGUGUUACAUUUGGAAUGGUCUCUGUAGACAAGUACCCCCUCAAGUGGUAACAAAGGGAGAGUUGGGGAAGACCACUUGGAGGGACAUUCGAACCAUUUCCGACAGCGCCUGGCACUCUUGCGAAGAGCUCUGAGUUUGUGUAGGUACAGAAGUGGUCUGUGUUCUUUGCACCAUACACUCAUGGACCAGUACAGGCAUAGGUUGUGUCCUUCCUGCUUGGGCUUUUGAAGAUGGUAACAAGCCCCAUCUACCCUUCCAUGUUGACAAGUUAUAAAAAUACUAAAGGUAGAGUAUAUCAUUUAUCAUUUGUUCAUUUUUUUUUUAG